AUGGCCAUCGACGCAGCUCCCGUGGUCCCCGGCCAGAAGCGCCAGAUCAACUGGUCCAACAUCGCCCUCGGCGGCAUCAUGAACAUGUUCGAGGUCACGACCCUCGGUCAGCCGCUCGAGGUCGUCAAGACGCAGAUGGCGUCGCAGCGCGGCGACACGAUGGGCACGGCGCUGUCCAAGGUCUGGGGCCGCGGCGGUGUCCUCGGCUUCUACCAGGGCCUGAUCCCGUGGGCGUGGAUCGAGGCGUCGACCAAGGGCGCCGUCCUCUUGUUCGCGGCGGCCGAGAUCGAGGGCGCCGCCAUGACGGCCGGCAUUGGCCCCGCGACGGCCGGCCUCCUCGGCGGCAUGGGUGGCGGUGUCGCCCAGGCGUACGCGACCGUCGGCUUCUGCACGUGCAUGAAGACGGCCGAGAUCACGAGGAGCAAGAUGGCCGUCAACGGGCAGAACCCGCCGUCGACGUGGAAGCUCUUUGGCGACAUGUGGAAGAAGGACGGCAUCCGCGGCAUCAACAAGGGCGUCAACGCCGUCGCGCUCCGCCAGAUGACCAACUGGGGCUCUCGCAUGGGCUUUGCGCGCCUCGCCGAGCAGUCGAUCCGCAACGCGCGCGGCAUCCCCGAGGGCAAGAAGCUCGACACGCUCGACCGCAUCGCCGCGUCGACGUUCGGCGGCGCGCUUGGGUGCUGGAACCAGCCGAUCGAGGUCGUCCGUGUCGAGAUGCAGUCGAUGGCCAAGGCGGCGCCGACGGACGCUGCGCGCCCGGCCAAGCCGACGAUCGCCAACACGCUCGCCUACAUUUACCGCGAGAACGGCAUCAAGGGGCUCUACCGCGGCGUCACGCCCCGCAUCGGCCUCGGCAUCUGGCAGACGGUCUGCAUGGUCUCAUUCGCCGACAUCGUCAAGGACUGGCUCAACGCCAAGAAGUGA